AGGAUCUAUGUGAUGUGUUGAUGCAGGCUGUUGCUCCAUUUUUUUCGCUGGUAGCUCCUAAGUUCCAAUUCAAAGGAGCAAACAAACGGGGCAUUCCAGUUUCGAGGGAUCCUGCAGCAUUGCUGGCGAAGUACUCUGAUCCUCUGGUCUACACAGGGCCUAUAAGGGUCCGAACUGGCCAUGAAAUACUUCGGAUAUCAUCGUACUUAAUGCGAAACUUUAAGUCUGUGACGGUGCCGUUCUUUGUUCUGCAUGGAACUGCUGAUAAGGUAACUGAUCCGCUGGCCUCACAGGAUCUGUACAACAAGGCAGCUUCAGAGUUCAAAGACAUAAAGCUCUAUGAUGGCUUCUUGCACGAUCUUCUGUUUGAGCCUGAGCGCGAAAAGAUUGCUUUGGACAUUAUCAACUGGAUGGAGAAGAGAUUAUUUACUAUUUGAAUUGUCAAAUGGUUGGGGGUGCUAAUAGAAAAGGCAAGAGAAAAAAAAGAGAAAGAUUAAAGGUUCCAAACUCUGCUAAGUGUAGAAAAUUGAAGUCGCCCGGAAAGGAGUGGCGGAAGCAGAUAGGUUCUUCAUCUUUUGUUUUAGGCGUUUGGGGAUUGUUUUGCCAUCGAAAAACUUGUAAAUUUAUUAGACUUAAAUUUCAGUAGUUUUUUUAAGUCUCUGUAGAAUGCAGAAUUCCUUCAACUAGAACUCUUAUUCUAUUUAUUUGUUUAGAGAAAUAAAAUGUUGCUACUAUUUAUCUGUUUA